AUAAAAGUCGACAAUAUUGUUCGAUAAUCAACGUUUCUGAAACCUUUCCGAGAGAGGGGAAGGUAACAUGAGUAAUCCAACGGGCGGUUCUGGUUCCCCAAACUUCCCAAUGGACGUCAUUUUCAACUCUCUUCGUGAACUGCAACAAGAAAAAGAGAGACUUCAGCAGCACUUUAACGGAGAGAAAUCUCGUUGUCGAAGCUUGGAAAUCAAACUUGAGGCUUGUCAAUCAAAACAUUACCAGAGCAUUGAGAAACACUGCAAAAUGUUAGAAACAGUAAAUGCAGCUAAACAGAAGGUUCUACAAACCCAGCUACAGGCAACGAGACUGAAAGAACUAAAUGAUGGAAAGAGUGCAAGAAUCGCUGAGCUUCGCCGACAAAUUUGUGAAGUAGUGAAGAAAGAAGACGAGGAGCUAAAAGUCUUUGAGAACAAGCUUGCAGACCUAACGAGUAACUUCAGGGAUGCGCGAAACUAUUAUACAGAGGAAAAUGUAAGGAACGAAUUGGAACAGUGGAGCAGGAAAGCUGAUGAGACUAAAGCAGAAGUUUUUAAAGAGGACAAAGUGUUGAAAGAUUUGACUGACAAGUUCAACCAGCUGCAGAUGGAAAAUAAGAAAGCAAAAGAUGAGCUCAAUUGUAAGCUGGAGUUUGAUAUUACCCCCGAAGAAUUGCAAAUCGCUUUGAGAGUUUUUGAAGAAAUGAAUCAGAAAUCAAAAGACGACCUUAAAGAAUCCGAAAAACAGCUGGAAGAAGAACUAGAAAGAAUCAAGCGAGGAAAUGACACGUCUGGAGAAGAGAGUGUGGUAAAUAAGCAUAUCAUUGCAGCGAAAAAUUCAAACAUAACAGCCAAUUGUGAAGGUCCAUCUAUGUUUACUGGGUGCAGUUUACAGGCAGAGUCAAACCAAACAGCAGUCCACGGGCAACUAAGCACUGUCAAUCCUCAGUACUUCAGACUUGACAGCCGUUCCAGUGCAGCAGGAAUGAAAGGCAAUCUGAAAUCAUUUUAA